CCAUCUCUUGCUCAGGCCAGCAGCCUGCCAGGGACUCAGACACACUUGGGAAAGUCAGCUGCACAGGGAUGUUGGAACCAUGAUGAAGCCUCUGCUGAUCCCCUUGACAUACUUCUGUCUUCACACCUGGCUGGGAAUCCCUCAGGCAAAAUGUCAGGUGGAGCUGAGCAUGAUGGAUGACGCUUUUGAUGACCAGUAUCUAGCAUGUGCUGAAGAAAUGGAUGGAAUUGCACCUGGACUGCUAGAAAAAGAAAAGUCCAUGUCCUCACUGUUUAGCAGGGUGUGGGAAAACUCAGAAAAAAAAUGGGAACUUGUAAAGAAAAAGAUUUCUUUGCCCAUAGGCUUUAAAGAUAAGCAUGGAAGAGCCAUUAUAGCCUACACUGACAAUGACUUUCACAGUGAGUUGAAUGCGGCAGUCAGAGGGGCUGGGACAUCUCGAGCUCAUUACAUGGACAGUUUCCAUUUCAAAGCCUUUCAUUAUUAUUUGACAAGAGCUUCACAGCUCUUACGAGGGAGGUGUGAUAUGAUGUACAAAAGGACAGUGUACCGAGGGGUUUCUGUCAGACUUCAGCACACGGGAUCAGGUCACAUUAGGUUUGGAUACUUUGCCUCUUCGUCUUUUGAUAUAGGAGUAGCUAAGAAAUUUGGCAUGGACACAUUGCUCACCAUUCACACUUGCUCUGGUGUUGAGAUCAGGGCCUUCUCAUGCAUUCAGGAGGAGGAAGAAGUAUUAAUCCCAGUCCAUGAGAUAUUCAAUGUGUCCCGAAGACAAGGGAGUAACCGCUUUGUCCUCCGGAGCACAAACCGGACCUGCAGCCAUUUUAACUGUGCAUACCUGGGUGGAGAGAAGAACCAAAUGUGUGUUGACAACUCUGCUACUAGAGGCGGCAUCGCCUUCCCCAGUGUUCUGAGCCAUUUACUGUUUGGAGGAUCCAUCAUCCUGGUUCAUGUUGCUGCUCUGAAGCGGUUUGCUGGUUUCUCAAUUGUCGUAUUUGUGUUACUCACUUUUUCCCUCUAACACAAAUCAUGGUGAUGGGAUUUGCCAGAUCCAAAGCCGUCCUGCUAUUCUGCCAGCGUUCCAAAGGGGAAACCAGAAACAUGGAGGGCGUGUCUCUGGUACCUGCUUGGGCAAGCUUUGAUGAUACGUUAUCGAUGAGUAGAUCGAAUUGAAAGCUCAUAGUUCUAUUCAAGGUGGGAUUUGUCUUACAAUGGUAAAGCUACAAAUUGGUGCCUGUUAUAUAAAUAAUUACUUGUAUUGCUGUCAUGCUAGUACUUUUGUACUGACU